ACUCAGUCAAAAUGGCGUCGGGGCAACAGUGGGUGUUGGUGGAGAUGGUGCAAGCUUUUUACGAGGCCCCAGCAUAUCACUUAAUUUUAGAAGGUUUUCUCAUUUUAUGGAUUAUCAGACUGCUGUUUUCCAAAACGUAUAAACUUCAGGAGAGAUCAGACCUCACAGAAAAGGAGAAAGAGGAGUUAAUUGAAGAGUGGCAACCCGAACCGCUCGUUCCCGUAUCUAAAGACCACCCUUCCCUCAAUUAUGAUGUGGUCACAGGGCCUCCAAGCCACAAAAUCAUUGUAAAUGGCAAAGAGUGCAUUAACUUUGCCUCGUUUAACUUCUUGGGCCUGCUUGACAAUGAGCGCGUGAAGUUGAAGGCAUUAGCGUCACUCAAAAAAUAUGGCGUGGGAACUUGUGGACCAAGAGGAUUCUAUGGGACCUUCGAUGUUCAUCUGGAGUUAGAGGAGCGAUUAGCGAAGUUCAUGAGGACGGAGGAGGCCAUUAUCUACUCGUACGGCUUCGCCACUAUCGCCAGUGCCAUUCCAGCUUACUCCAAAAGAGGAGACAUUAUCUUUGUUGAUGAAGCAGCCUGUUUCUCUAUUCAGAAAGGCCUUCAGGCGUCACGCAGCUUCAUCAAAUACUUCAAACAUAAUGAUAUGGAGGAUCUUGAACGCCUUCUGAAGGAGCAAGAGAUUGAGGAUCAAAAGAAUCCGCGUAAGGCGAGAGUGAUCCGGCGAUUCAUUUUAGUCGAGGGUCUCUACAUCAACACUGCAGAUAUCUGCCCACUGCCUGAACUGGUGAAAUUGAAGUACAAAUAUAAAGUGCGAAUCUUUUUGGAGGAGAGCAUGUCUUUUGGAGUGCUUGGCGAACAUGGAAGAGGAGUCACGGAGCAUUUUGGGGUCAACAUUGACGAUAUUGACCUCAUAAGUGCAAACAUGGAGAAUGCGUUGGCAUCCAUCGGAGGUUUCUGCUGUGGAAGAUCAUUCGUUAUUGAUCAUCAGCGUUUGUCAGGUCAGGGUUACUGUUUCUCAGCAUCUCUUCCACCCAUGCUGGCUGCUGCUGCUAUCGAAGCCCUGAACAUCAUGGAGGAAGAUCCAGGAAUUUUCAGUGUUCUGCGGGAGAAGUGCAGAAAUGUUCACAAAGCACUACAAGGGACUGCAGGGCUGAAAGUGGUGGGAGAGUCUUUUGCUCCGGCUCUUCAUCUACAGCUGGAAAACAGCACAGGAUCCCGAGUGAAUGACCUGAAGCUGCUCCGAGCCAUUGUCGAUUACAGUUUGGACAGACAUGUCGCAUUAACAUUGGCUCGCUACCUGGACAAAGAAGAGCGAUUUCUUCCGCCACCAAGCAUUCGAGUAGUUGUGACCGUCGAACAAACGCAAGAGGAAAUUGAGAAGGCAGCGCAGUGCAUUCGAGACGCAGCUUUACACGUCCUGAAAUGAAGACCAGUCACCUCAACAUCCAUCACACACACCAUAAAGCUUUAAAAGUGUCAUCACUGACCGGAGGAAGGAAAGCGAGAGCCUGGCAGGUUCUGUGACCUUUGACCUCAGAUAAAUACACUCGGAUUGUUUGUAUUAUAUUUAUGUUUGGUGUACAGAAAAUGUGGAUUAUUUUAUUAGUCUUCAUUUCACAUUGAAAUAAAUGCAAUUGACUCUCGACACUCUUAUGUGCAGCAUCGAACCCGUUUAUGUUCUGUUCAAAGCCUUGAAAAAUGAUGAAAUCUUUACUAAUCAAUGAUAAAUAUAGCUUUUAUAUACACAAGUAUCUUUUUUGUACACUAGCAUUUACAUUCCUUUGUAACCUUUGACCAAAGAGAUGCUUCUUUACCACAUUUCAGAAUAUUUAUGCUUUGAAUGUGAUUUUGUUUCUUCUUUCUGUCAGGAUCCAUAAAUUAAUUAUUGUUAUAAUUUUUUUUGUAAUUUUGGACUUUUUGGUAAUGAAUGCAAUGUGAAUGUACUCCGCAUUUGUCAUAUUCUUGCACUCAUUCGGCGGAGAUUUUAAAUAUGAUCUGGUUUCGAAUCUGUAAUUGUCAAAAUGUAUGUAAAUUUAAAGAAUAAAACACAUUUCAGUCUUUAUAUAAAUAAAUACUAGCAUUUGCA